AUGAGUGACCUUACAGCUGCCAAAGGACCAUCUCACGAUGUAGUCGCUACAGAGGUACCGCUCAGCAAGAGUGAAAAUACCUCAAUUGACGAAAAGCCAGUUGCUGCAGACUCUUCGAGUGAAGAGUCAGCGUUGAAACCUGUACCUCUGUCCUUCAAAAUUGCUUCAAUUCUUCUUGUCUCCAUGAUUGGUUUCGGCGGGAACUGGAGUUCUGGGAUCACUGGUGCUAUGAAGACGAAACUCAAGAAGGGACUCAAGAUCAACAAUACGGAAUAUGCACUUUUGGACGCAAGCGAGGACUUUAUGAAAACUGCAUUGGUCCUUGCAAGCGGCAUCGUGACGGAUCGAAUUGGAGGUGCUCAGGCCAUCCUGUACGGAAAUGUGAUCUACACCGUUGGUUCCAUCUUCGCAGCUGCAGCGACGACUGUACGCAGCUACCAAUUCCUGAUAUUUGGCCAAGUCGUUCUAGCUCUGGGAGACAUCGCUACACAGGUUGCCCAGUACAAGAUCUUCUCAUCUUGGUUCCCACCGGGACAUGGCUUUGCCUCUACCCUCGCGCUGGAACUUGCUAUUGGAAAGAUCGGAUCUUUCGUCGGGAAGUCUACAUCCAACAUCAUCGCCGAGAAUCUCGGUGAUUUCUCUUGGGUCUACUGGAUCUCCGUUGCCAUGAAUGUGUUCACCAACGUCAUCACCCUCGUAUUCUACUUCUUCACCAAGUAUUGCGAGAAACGCUUUGCAGGAAUGGCGGACCCGGCCACUGGUGAGCUAUUGACCGAGAAGAACAAGAAGUUCGAACUGAAGCGCAUCGUGGAACUACCAUGGAUCUUUUGGAUGGUGAUGUUGUUUAGUCUUGUGGAGACAAGUGGCGCAAGUGUAUUCUCAGCAAAUGCGACGGAAAUGGCGGAGUUGAGGUUUAAUGUCGAUUCGAUUACUGCCGGAUGGUACACUAGUGUGCUGCAAUAUGCUGGGUUCUUUCUUGUGCCGCUGAUUGGAAUAUUCAUCGACUUGUAUGGCAACAGACUCACAUUGAUGCUUUUCACUGGCGUUCUCGUCAUGGCCGCGAUGUGUUUGAUACAUUGGUCUGUCACGCCUGAAGGAACAGCCGCCGCAUUUGGACUCUACGCCGUAGCAUACUGUUUUGGCCCAACCCUAAUCAUUGAUUCGAUCCGCACCUCAAUCUGGUCGCAAUCUGUCUUCGGAUCGGCGUACGGCCUCAAAGUGACCAUGAACAAUGCCCAAAACAUUAUUAUCCGCGUCCUCACCGGCGUCUUGCAAGACUCCUCCCCGGCAUCCAACCCUUACAAGAAAGUAACACCCGUCUACCUCUUCCUAGCGAUCUGCUCUUUCGUCGUAGCAGUCAUACUCAUUACUGUGUUUGUGGUCGCGAAGGUCGGCAAGAAGAGUAUCUAUGUGGACAUUGCGAGGCUACAAUGGACGAGGAAACAAAGAAUUGCGAACGGGGAGGAGAUGAAUAGGAGGAGGGCAGAAGUGGGCUUUGACACUGUUGAGGACAGAGGAGGUGUGGAAGCCGCUGAGCCGGAGGUGCUUGAGAGUGUGAGCAAGGAGAGGAGGAGGAUGAAGUUGAUCAGCAGGGGAGCGUGUGGGGUGUUGGCACUCUGGGUAUUGGGUGCUUGGGCGGCGUAUUUCUGGGGUGUUGCUACGGGUAAUAAUGAUUAG